GAAAAAGUUGAGGUAACUGGUGACCACGAGCAAGGAUGGAAGAGACGAUGCAAGCAUCAGGAGGCGACUCAAGACAGAAAGACAAAAGAGCCGUCAUAUCCGAAGAAAUCGCUGUGGAGAUCUUUGCAAAGAGAAAGAUCUCCUUUAGUUCGAAGCAAAAAUCGGCUCACAGCUCCCUGGUGGCCGCCCAGCAUGGAGUUAGUCCUAAGUCCGUUCGAGAUGUCUGGGAUCGUCGAACUUGGGUAAAGGCUACUAUGCCGUUGUGGACACCGGCGGAGGUGGAGCAGUACGAGAAGAGUAACAAGCGUCCUCCUGGGCGGCCUCUAGGUAGGACUGACUCUAAACCAAGGAAGCCUCGAUCAAGGGCUCAGACGGACAUAAAGAAGAACGUCAACGAAGUUCUCGCAUCCGUCUCUUCAAAGAACAAGUUGAAGACCAAGAAAGGCUCGAGCUCGUCUUCACCUCUUGACCUGGCUUCGUCUUCGUCGUCCCCGUCUACGACAUUCUCGAUGGGCAGCGAAGACUCCAAUUGUUCAAUAUCGAAGGAUGGUUGCUCACAGCCAUCACAGCAACACGAUACUCGGGAGAAUUCAUCCGUUUCCCCUCCGAACCUCUCUUCUUUUCAGAUGCUUGUCUGCAAGUCUUUGGAGGCCUUGACUCAGGCCCAGACACAAGUCCACAACACGUGUUACCCUCUACCUACUCAUGCAAACAAGCGCUCGAACCCUUGCGUCGACGAGCAGACCAGGCCUGGAUGGGAAGAGCCAAAUGCGCAGAUAAAGCCUGCAAUCAAGAUUGAGGGGUUGAGACCUUUGAUGACGAGGAUGCCAGCAACUUCGCUGCUGCCUACAAGCCUGCAAGGAGGACUAGCAGGGGGUCCAUGUGCUACAGCGCUAUGGCAGCAGGCGGCGAGGAUCAGGCUAGAAAGCCUUGCAGCCAGCAACUCUCUGCUGAUGCUGAGACAUAGACUCAACUCCUUUGAACAAAUAAUGAAGGGGAGGGAGGGCGGACAGUUGGGCCCUACUCAAUAAAGUACGGUAGAAAGCAGGUAGGGGUCAAACUUAGGAAUCAUGAGUCAUGGGUUUGAAGCGGUGUGCUGGCUGUAUAUAAACUGUUGAUUUCACUG